UGUUAUCUAUAAUUGACCAUGCCUGGUGACACUUGAAGACACGGGCUUGAGGAGAAAAGCACAGAACCAUGGCUGCCAAACAGCAAGGCAAGAAGAAAGCCAAGGCUGUGAAGGGAAGGAAGCCCCAGAAAAAACAUCAGCUGGCUAAACGGAAGCAGAUGAAGUUCCAGCCUCGAAAACAGAAAAAGCUCCAGUCUCGUCUGAAGCACAAAGCCAAGGCAGUGAGCACAGAGCAGCCAAAGAUCUGUUCGCCGAGACUCUUUGCGUCCAAGAUCCUGCGACAGAUGCCCAAGGUGCGUAUGGAGGCCAAGGCAAGGGGCCUGAUGAAGACCUUGUUGACAGACCUAUAUGACCACGUGGCAACCGAGGUCCAGACCUUGACCCAGAAGAGCGAGCCCUCCGACAUCAGCUGCACCCAUGUCCAAACGGCCUUGAAAGAUGCUAUGGCAAAGGAGCUGGCCAAGCACAUGGCUGAAGAAGCCCCUCCCACCCACACUAAUACCAGCCCUAGCCCCAGCCCCAGCCCCAGCCCCAAUUGUGCUUAGAGGAACGUCUCUCACCUUCUUUCUCCCUGGGUGCACUCCAACAGGGAGAGGAACAAACAUUGCCCUGAGAAAGAUCCUAAUCUUCAAGAGACUUUAAAAUAUUUUGCUGCCAUUAAUAUGUACAAGCAAUCCUGGAAUUUACUACUUUCAUUUUGAGACACCGGCGUCACCUCCAACAAUCUUUAUUCCCAAACAGGCAUGAGGUUUAUGGGAUGCACUGAAGGAUCACGGCUCUUCUAGGAAGUCUGCCAGAGAUACUGACAGUGGAAAGGAAGCAACCAUGGACUCCAUAUAUUUGAGAUUUCCCAUUACCAUAAAAAGCAGCGGAGACUGAAAAGAAUAGCCAUGAUAAGAAAAACAAGAUAGGACUGAAAGGAUUGCUGUGAGGUGGUUUCUGAAAGAAAAAGAUGCACCAUAGAUUAUCUUUAUUCCGUUUAAACAGGAUUUUAGCAGCUUUAUAUUCCCUUCUUCCAAUAAAUCAUGAUUUUAAGAACUUUA